AUGAGCUCUUACUCCGACUUCGAAGAACAAGAAGACGACACUUACCAGCCCUAUCAAGACGGCUACGAAGACAAGGUAGCUGACUCUGAGGAAGAGCAAGACCUCCCGCUUCCUAAGGCGGCGUCACAAAACUCAAAAUCCACAACCCAAUCCAACGGUUCUUCCACCAUCAACUUGUCAAACAAAUCGAAUAAACCUGGCAAGAAAGGCAAGAAAACUUUUUCUCUGCCGCAGGACCGCGCCUCUUUCACCACUUUCAUCGACGACGACACUACUGUGGACGACAAGGGUUAUCCCCUUCUGCCAAAUGGGAACACCGUCUUUGUACGGCAACCAGACCAGAAACUCGUGAAUUGGGGAACCUUCCAAUUCACGUAUACCACUUCUGGCGGCGGUACAGGCAAAGGCUCAGACUGGCGAACCAUACGAUUUACGUGUUUAGGAGUGUUCAUCUGCAAUGAUCUGGAUUGUCGAUACCGUGGCUCACCCCCUACCUCCACCAAUAAGCGACUUGAAUGGAUUAGUGAGCAUCGGAAGUGCCCAGCGGCUCGGUGUCCUGGUGUUCUUCAAUACCUCUCGUGUAAGAACACCAUAUGCCGCUUGGAUGAGCAUAUACCCAGUGGUUGGGGUAUAAUUCGCCACUCAGGCAUCCAUAACCACCCAUGGCCUCGCCGUCCCAAACCUGACAAGCUUUCGCUUGGAAAACUUGGCAAAAAGGUUGUUGACAAUCCAGAUGUGGGACCGCUGCGACUCAAGGUGGGACGCGCCCCAGCUGGUAAACAAGAGAUUGUCACAGCCACAAGCAUUCACCCGGCUUUUGGGAACCUUCAUAGGACUGGAUAUUAUCGCCGCAAGCUGCUCGUGGCUGCUGGCGUGAUUCCUGAAAAGAAAAUUCCUGGGGCUGGAGACAGUUUCAUUUUAGACAUGAUUCACUGGUCUAAGCGUGGUCUAAGGAUGAUAUCGUGCUCCUUUAUGCCAAAGGACACUCAUAUGACGUUUCAAACCAAUUGGAUGGCUGGCCAAUUACUGAGCCGCGAUGAGGACGACAGCAUAUAUAGAGGCGGACUACUCUCCGAUGUUACUUACAAGUUUUUUGCAAAUGGAUAUUUGCUCACCACUUCAAUGUAUAACAACGUCUUAAACCGAUGGAUUCCCAUUCAACUUACAUGGUUGAAUGGUCUCACAGAAGAACAUUAUGCCGCCCAUUUCACUACUCUGAUGCGACAAAUGGAAGAUGCUCGACUUGCCUCUCAUAUCACUAAUGAGGAACGCGACAUCCUUGUGCGUCAGGUCGUGGAUUUCUCAGUUGCUCAAAAGAAUGGAUUCGUCAUGGCAUACAUGGAUGUGUUUCAAGAGCACGAUCGUCAGGUGGCCCUAUCCAAGCUUAAAGCAUGUCAUGAACAUUUUAGAGCUCAGGUAACCCGUGUCAAGCGAAAUCGCGUCAUAAUACCUGCGGAUGACGAGCUUCGCAAGGAAUGGCCGAAAGCCAAGAAGUGGAUUGAAUGGUGGCAAGCAGCCGACAUUCAGUCGAUGCUUUUUAGAUCAAGACCUCGUCAGAUUGAUGAUGACGGGCUCUGCGACGAUUUGCCUGCUACAACAAAUGCGCAGGAGUCUAUGCAUCGUGUUUAUUACAUGAUCUCCGAAGGUAACUGCACUGUGCAAAUUGGCCUAGUCCAACUCUACGCGCUGGUGGGGAGUCUCGAAAGAGACUAUGAUGAUUUAUGCAAGGGUGUUCCAAUCGAGUACGGUGGCGAAGCUAAAAACUACAAGAAGGUAGCCCAACUUUUGGGCUGGUCUAAGAAAAUGCGAAAACCACGAGACGUCAAGAACGACGGCCGCCCACCAGAUACCACUGAUGAAUUACUCGGCCGUCCGAAAAAGCUAGGAAGGCCUAAAGGCGCUGUCAAUGUGGAUCGCCAUCCGGUUACCACAUAUCAAGGCUUUGUGGCAUCUACAACCCCAGGGCGGCAGUUUCGAUGUUGGCUUGAUGCCAUGACGGAAUCCCUUUACGCAGUGCAUACCCCACUCUGGUACCACAGCCCCUCUUCACCAGCUAUGACUCAGACAUUGUUUCGUGUCAACAUUAAAAAUAAAUUAGUGUGCUCCAACCACAAAUCACACAUACUUAACGAGUCAAACCAUCGUAAUUCAAUUACUCUUAGUCAUGAACGAUUUGGAGGUCAAUUUUCUUACUCAGAUAUUCCAGCACUUCUCCAGCAAUGGACUUCGCCGUCUGGCCUUCAGCGAGUUUCAGCACGACACUGUUGCACCUGCAGAGGCCAAAAGGACGAAGGCCAAUCAAAUCCACCAUACUUAGAACGAUCUCAACUACACUUGGACCCUCCACCCCCGCAUUUACAUAUUAACCUGGAUAUUGCUUACUUGUUGGGUACUCGGCUAUUUGAUGAAGGCUCGUGGAUUUGGGGGUCAGGUCAUUAUUGGUGUAAAGUCGUCCAAACUGUCGGCGCCCUCACUGGUGUUUGGCUUAACAACGACCUGGUCAAUGCCGGUGUUGCAACCUUGGUAUCUAGCAAUCUCAAAUCCAUCGGAGGCACGGCACCGAAUACGACGUGGGCUAUGUACUCCCGCGAACCAACUGCUGAAGAAUCAAAAGUAAUCAAAAAAUCGAAAGCCAUCAUUUAUAAAGCAAUUGGCCAUAAGGUAAAAGGAGAAGGUUCAUCUGGAGAAAAGGAGAAGUACAUUGGCGCCGUCGCACCAGGAACUGAAAAUACAAAUACUUCUACACAAUUGGAAGAAUGUUUUGACUUUGCUUUGGAUGGCGAAGCAGGCAAAGGCAAGGACGAGAAAGAUUAUUCCCAACAAUUGGAAGAGUGCUUUGGCACUGAGGAAGAAGCACACGAUCCAAAAGAUUAUUCCCAACAAUUGGAAGAGUGCUUUGGAAUAUUGGAUGAGGAAGAAGCACGCGAGACAGGUUCUUUAUUUGAUGAUAUCAUGUCUCCAAAAGAAUUGGAAGACAUGAUUGCUUUUGGUAUGGAUAAAUCAGAUACUGAUGGAGAAGAGGAUAUUCCAUUGGUCACGCUCUCCCCCAAAAAAGACAAAGACGGUGGGCGAAGCAGACCAAGAGCAGUGGGAGUUAGUAGAAGAAGAAGAAGUGAUUCAAGAAGAAGUGAUUCAACGUGA